AUGUCAGGUUUCGUGCCUAAUCCUCUCGAUGAUCGCCCCCCACCCUUGGGAGAGGAACCAAAUCACCCUCAGGAUCCGGGGGAGACAAAUUUCGUCAUCAGUGAAGUGCUACAAGUCGUUGUCAAUAGCAUUCUGGCGAUGCUUUAUUGCCUCAUUACUCAGCUGUUUCGUUUCGUGGCACCCUCCGUACUGGAUCCACUCGAUGAUACCAUCCCACCCUUGAGUGAGGAGCUAAGCCACCCAGAACACCCACAGGACCAACGCUAA